GUCAAAGCAAGGCGCGUUACGGCGCGUAAACUAACCGUAACGAACUGUGGCAAAUAGAAUUUUAUAGCACAUUAUACCUUUUCCUUAAACUAUAAUAAUAUGACGAAGGUUCCAUCUGUUAUUCAUUGGUUCAGGUUGGAUUUGCGAAUUCACGACAACCUCGCUCUACGUAAUGCUAUAAAUGAAGCAGAAAAUCGUAAACAUCAUUUAAGACCAGUUUACUUCAUAGAUCCUGACAUCAAAAGUAAGGUUGGUAUCAACCGGCUAAGAUUUUUAGUACAAAGCCUUCAAGAUCUGAAUGAAAAUCUCAAGAAAUUGAAUACUCGUCUAUACAUUAUAAGAGGGAAUGCUGUUGAGGAACUGCCUAAGCUAUUUACAAAAUGGCAAGUGAAGUACUUGACAAGCCAAGUUGAUAUUGAUCCUAUUUAUGUGAAACAAGAUGAAAUAAUAGACAAGAUUGCUGAAAAGAGUGACAUCUUCAUUGUCCGUAGAGUCCAACACACAGUUUAUGAUGUCCACAGUGUGUUAAAAAAGAACAAUGGCAGUGUUCCUCUUACAUAUCAAAAAUUUCUUUCUCUUGUACAAGAUGUGCAAGUAAAAGAAUGUAUUGAAAUCACAAAGGAAGUUUCAGAUGAUUGUAAGCCAAAAGAUUUUGAUUCUAAGCAGUAUGAUGUACCGAAUCUCAAUGAACUUGAUAUUGAUGAAUCAGCACUUCAACUCUUGAAAUACCCUGGCGGUGAAACUGAGGGAGUUAAGAGAUUACACAUGUACAUGGCUAAAAGGGAAUGGGUGUGUAAGUUUGAGAAGCCUAACUCCUCUCCUAACAGCAUAGAACCAAGUACUACAGUUUUAAGCCCCUAUAUCAGCCAUGGCUGUUUAUCAGCAAAGCUUUUCUACCACAAAUUACAGGAAGCUUUGAGUGGCAGGAAACACUCAGAACCUCCAGUGUCUCUGUUAGGACAGUUAAUGUGGAGGGAGUUCUACUACACAGCAGGGGCAGGCACAGAGAACUUUGAUAAGAUGGUUGGGAAUCCUGUUUGCACUCAAAUACCUUGGGGCAAAAAUGAUGAACACUUGAAAGCCUGGGCUGAAGGUAGGACUGGAUACCCAUUUGUUGAUGCAAUUAUGCGCCAGCUUAAGCAAGAAGGUUGGAUACAUCAUUUGGCUCGCCAUAUGGUUGCUUGCUUCUUAACAAGAGGAGACUUGUGGAUAUCCUGGGAAGAAGGUGCCAAAGUGUUUGAGGAUUAUUUGUUAGACUAUGAUUGGUCUCUAAAUGCUGGCAAUUGGAUGUGGCUCUCUGCAUCAGCAUUCUUUUACAAGUUCUUUAGAGUAUACAGUCCUGUUGCAUUUGGUAAGAAGACAGACAAAGAAGGUCUUUAUAUAAGGAAGUAUGUACCUGAAUUGAAGAAAUACCCUACUGCUUUUAUUUAUGAGCCUUGGAAGGCACCUAAGAAUGUUCAAACUACAGCGGGUUGUAUUAUUGGAAAGGAUUAUCCCAAAAGGAUUGUUGACCAUGAUACAAUUCAUAAGGAGAACUGCCAGAAAAUGUCAGUUGCUUAUAAAUUAAAUAAAGAGAGGAAAGCUCUUAAGCGACCAUUGACAUAGUUGUAUGGUUUAAAAAGUUUAAUUUGUUUAGUGUAAGUUAAGAGUUUGUUUUUAUAAAUUUUUAGAGAUGUGAUCUUGUUACCUCACUAAUAUUAAGUAAUCAUUUUAUCAAUAUAUUUUCUGCACAAUUGU